UUAAGGGUCACAAUACUGCACCUGAACGUUACCGGGUAGUUUAAUACGACAGGACCGUGGUAUUUCAUGGGAAGAGUACAAUUUAAUAUGAGUCUACUAACGAGAACGGCUGUUUUUGAGAUAUUCUUCUUCAGCGCAGUAUGUGCCAUACAUCUUUUUGAAGAGGACUCUAUAGGUUUCCCGUUCGAACGCAACAACCGAGAUGAAUAUUUCGGAGGUUCUCUACGCUCCUACAUCAACGAAGAUUAUUUGUUCGAAUUGCCCCGACCGAAUCGUUAUCGCAGCACGGGUCGACCUCGUCCAGUAUAUCCUUCGUUCCAACUUCAAGAGGAAAAAUGUGGGAGAACGACUUGCCCGCGAGGAACUCGCUGUGGCUCCUUCAACGUGUACUGCUUCGGCGGUAACUGUCCGCCGAUUUACUACUGUCAGCCAAAGAAGCCUGAGCCCAGAAACCCAUACCUUAAUUCUCGUUUUAUGUCCUUGUGAGAAAGAAUAGUACAUCCAAAACACACGGGGACAUCUCUCGGUAUGCCGUAUAAUAAAACAGUUGA